UCCUGGUGCCUCCUCUGUGCUCCACUUCAUCUCCUGGAAGAUGCUGCUACUUUCUUGUCAGCAGUCUGGGCAGAGUCUUCUGAGGUCCUUCCUGAGCACCUGCGACUUCAGAUCCUCCGGCUCCUCUCUAAAGCUUUCCUGGUACCCGCAACUCCCAGAGUGCUCCGUAGCCAUAUUUCAUCGUGCCUAAGUCACUGUGUUGCAGCCAGCUGCUUAACUGGACAGCACAUCUGUCUAGACCAUCAGCCCCUGAGGGUGAGGCCCAGCAGGAGCCUCAGGACAGAGGGCAGCAGUUUGUGAGAACUGGCCAGGGCCACUGUGGUCCCUUGCCUGUGGCCUUCUUCUGCAGCCUCCGUCUGGGGGGAUGGGGCAGCUGAACCAUGUGCACCACUCUCUUCCUGCUCAGCACCUUGGCUAUGCUCUGGCGCCGCCGAUUUGCCAACCGGGUCCAACCAGACUCCAGCAGAGUGGAUGGGACUGUUAUGGGAAGCAGCAGGGACACAGACCUCCAGUCCUCGGGCAGGGAGAAGGAGCAUCUGAAAUAAUCCCUCCCCUCAUCAUUUGGGGCUCUGCUCCCGGAACUGGGAUCACCUGGCACAGGCAGCUCAAGUCCUGGUUCGGCCCCUAGCCAUGAAGGAUGCUGCGGGGUCAGAAGCAGCAGCAAGGGAGAGAUGGCAGAAGCAGUGAUGGAGAAGGCCUUUGACUCUUACUUUGAAGAAGCCUCAUGGAUGCAAGAUGUCUGCAGCAAUACUCAGCAUCACAUCUUUACUAUGUCCUAAAGCCAGAAGAGAAGCUACCGUAUUUAAAAGCAAUACUUUCCCAACUUGACCAGAAUUGCACUGCAAUUGAUGGAGGAAGAACAGCUUCCAGACGGCUCCUGAUAGUGCCCGUGUCCAGGUGUACUUCCUAUGAAAUUGCCAGUGCAACUGCUCCAAGUGUAAGCAGCCAUCUGUUUGGGAUUCCACCUAUCCUCCUUCAUGUUCUUAUUCAUAAAAUUAAAGAUUCCUUUCCUGAUUAAGAAGUCAA